GGCCUGCCGUCUACACAUGCGCACCGCCGGGCGGGCCUUCUUCCUUCUCGCCGAACGCCGCCAAGAUGGUGUUCAGGCGCUUCGUGGAGGUUGGCCGGGUGGCCUACAUCUCCUUUGGACCUCAUGCCGGGAAACUGGUCGCGAUUGUAGAUGUGAUCGAUCAGAACCGGGCUUUGGUUGAUGGCCCUUGCACUCAAGUAAGGAGGCAGGCCAUGCCUUUCAAAUGCAUGCAGCUCACUGACUUCAUCCUCAAGUUCCCACACAGUGCCCGACAGAAGUAUGUCCGACAAGCCUGGCAGAAGGCGGAUAUCAAUACAAAAUGGGCAGCCACAAGAUGGGCCAAAAAGAUUGAAGCCAGAGAAAAGAAAGCCAAGAUGACAGAUUUUGAUCGUUUUAAAGUCAUGAAGGCAAAGAAAAUGAGGAACCGGCUAAUAAAGUAUGAGGUUAAGAAGCUUCAAAGGGCGGCUCUCCUGAAGGCUUCUCCCAAAAAAGCAAGUGCUGCGAAGGGAGCGGCUGCUGCUGCUGCUGCAAAGGUUCCAGCUAAGAAGGGGGCUGCUGCCGCCACCGCCGGCAAGAAGGCUCCUGCCCAGAAGGAGAAAGCUCCUGCUCAAAAAGAGAAGGCUCCCGCCCAGAAGGAGAAAGCUGCAGGUCAGAAGGCUGGGCCUCCGAAAGCCCAGAAAGCUCCAGCCCAGAAAACACCUGCCCCAAAGGCAACUGGCAAGAAAGCAUAACACGCUGUUAUAAAAAGUAAUAAAGUUUCUAUUGGCCAAGCUGA